GUCUGCAGAAUCAAUGAGAAUCAAAGGGACAAAGCAACUUGACACUAGAAAAGGGUAGGCAAUAUAUGAAGGACAUUACCAGCAGAGUGACAGAAGCACAGAAAGAGAAACCCAACAGGCUUUGAAGCUUAUCCAGAUUUGAGAGGAGUGCUUUGAAUUGAAGAAUAGUAUACGACUCCAGCAUUUAAUUGUGAACCAAUGGCUUUUAUACUUUCAUUUUCUUGUUGAGCCUUGCUGUUUCCUGCGCCCAAAUGAGCAAAGCUUAUUCACCCCCAAAGAGAAGAGGUAGCCAAGCCAACUCUGUGAUGGGUUCUUGCAGCAGAAGAAGAGAGAAUGAAGACUCUAAAUUUCCAGGCUUUUACAAGUGUGUUGAUUACUCUGUUCUUCAAAAAGGGAAGCUUAAAAUCCCCCAAGAUUUUUCUGAGAAGUUUGAAGUAAAGGUACCUCAUCAGUGCCAUCUUCAAACUUUUUCUGGAUCUUGGCGUGUUGAUUUGAAGAGGAUUAGUGGAGAGUUCUUCUUCAAAAAGGGUUGGAGGGAAUUUGUAGUUGGAAAUCGUUUGAACCUCGGUGAAUAUGUUGUCUUUCAUUACUUUGGACAUGCAAAGUUCGAUGUUGAGAUAUAUGGACACAAUCGCUGCAGUAAGAAAAGUGACAGGCUUCAUGACGUUACAAUUGUUGACUCUGAUUCUGAUUGUGAACCGCAAAACACUGAAAUUAGCUUGGAGUCUGAAAUUGAGUGUGCUAGCGAAUUGGGUCGUCGAACACAUUUUUCAAGGAGAGGUAGAGCUAGUAACCGAGCCACCAUAAGCCGUUCUGGAAAUCCUUGCUUCAGUGUCCAGAUGUGCCAAACUCAUGUGACCAAGGGACCAUUGCUCACACCAAGGAGCUUCAUGAGGAACAUCUACAAGCCAAAGAAAGUGGAGCUUCAAGUUGGAAACAUGUCCUGGGAUGUGAACUGGAUCCAUCUUUAUCAGAGUUCUAGUAGGUUCAGUGGAGGUUGGCUACAGUUUGUGAAACAGAAUGGGUUGCAAGAGGGAGAUAUCUGUGACUUUGAGCUGAUUUCAAAGACAUUUGAGGUUGCAGUGAUGAAGGUUUCGAUUAGGAAAGUGUAGUAUUUUAGUUAUUUUUCAGUUUGGAGACAUUAGAGAGUAUUUUUCUAUGCUGUUUAGAUUGGGAUGUUUGUGUACCAAGAGCACCUUGUUUUGCUACAUUCAAAGAAGAACAAGAAACUUUGGUUCAGUAUGCAUUAUUCUGUAGGAUAAGGAAUGGUAUUGUUCUUUUAGAUU